CAACAAUGGCUUUCUUUGAUUUCAUCCAGCAGUCUUGGAAGACACUGCGCACAGCUAUCAAGACACUACUAGAUCUCAAUCGCACUUUCGAAGCUCUUGUCGCACGCAUCAACCAAGGCGCGACAUUGCCGCAUCGUGAUCCUACUCAUUCCUACUGGCUUGAAGACCCGCCAUUCCCUGAUCUUGUAAGGAUCCAAACAGAAACUCUUCCAGACAAAGCAGAUGUAGUCAUUAUUGGAAGCGGCAUCACCGGCGCCGCUGUAGCACGCAGUAUACUCCACGAGAGCAAACGCAAGAACCAAAAUAUCACGAUUACCGUUCUCGAAGCCAGAGACAUAUGCAGUGGUGCCACUGGACGCAAUGGCGGGCAUAUCAAAGCUUCACCGCACGAGACCUUCGCAAGACUGGAAGCGAAGUUUGGAGUAGAGCGAGCUGUUGCACUCACCAGGUUUCAACUCGAUCAUCUGGAAUGUCUGACGGAUCUAUGCCAAAGCGAAGAUUUUAUACAAGCAGAAUGUCGCGUGGUUGAGACUGUCGAUUUGUUCUUUGAUCAGAAGACCUUUGAUGACGUCUGCAACACCAUAAGCAAGCUGAAAACAUUGCUACCGGAACACGAGGGUAGAAUCUACCAGGCGGCUGAAGCUCAAGAAUUUGCAGUCAGCGAUCAAGUUGUUGGUGCGUAUACCUACAAGGCAGGGGCUCUGUGGCCGUACCGUCUCGUCACGUCUGUGUGGAACGAGCUCUUGCACGAAUACCCUGACCAACUCACCAUUGAAACCAACACGCCUGUGCUCUCAAUCGACAAGGAGAAUGCUUCCAAACACGCUUACAACGUCUACACAGACAGAGGUGUCGUUAAAUGCAAGCACCUUGUCCAUGCCACCAAUGCCUAUAUGGGUCACCUACUACCCAACCUCAACAAAAAGGCAACGGGCGUAAGAGCACACAUGUCAGCACAGAAUCCCGGUCAUCAGAACUACGAAGGUUUUCACGGCGAUCGCUCAUGGUCGCUCAUCUAUGGUCCCGAUGAUUUCGACUACAUGACGCAGAGACCGUCUUCUGACGGGAUUGGCGACAUCAUGCUCGGUGGAGGAGUCUUUCGCUCCAACAACAACGGCAUUGAUCAGAUGGGUAUCUGGGAUGACAGUCGUAUCGAUACAUUCACGUCUGCACAUCUCGCUGGCAUCUUGCCUGUUGUCUUCUCUCGCGAGAAGCAACAACGAGAAACGGAGAAACAAUCGAGAUAUCUGCAGCAACACUGGUCUGGCAUCAUUUCAUUGACUGGAGACUCGCUGCCAUUUGUGGGUAGCNUGGACCCGCGCAUCAGCGCAAGAGAUCCUGGAACUGCUUCAGACGAGUCAUCGGAGUGGAUUUCUGCAGGCUACAAUGGCGAAGGUAUGGUCUUCGCCUGGCUCUGCGGAACCGCGCUAGGUAUUAUGAUCAUGGGCUCGGAACAAGAUGACAUUCCCGCAUCGCCUGGGUUUCCUGGUGGGACGCUGAGCGAGUGGUUUCCUGAGGAGUUGCUUCUUGACAGCAGACGUUACGAUCGUCUUGAUGUUCUCGAUCUUGCUGAUCAGCUU